AUGUUCUCCUCCAGGCGCGCCGAGUCCACGACCAGGAGCUUCUCCAAGGGUCACAAGGUCUCCAAGUCGAGCACCUCCUUUCGUGAGAGCAGCGGUGUCUCCAAGAAGCGCCACGAGUCAUCUUCCCGCCACCGUCGCCCGACCACGGCCUCGACGGUCGAUACCUCCAUGACCAAUGGCGUCACCUCCAGCGUCGUCACGCUCGUCGUCGGCGCCGAGCAGCGCCUCUUCGCCGCGCACGAAGACGUCCUCUGCGCCAGCCCCUUCUUCUCGCGGACGCUGCGCGGCGCCUACAUGGACCCGUCCGCCAAGCGCAUCGCGCUCCCCGACGAGGAGCCCGAGAUCUUCAGCUCCGUGCUCGAGUACCUCUACAAGGGCGACUACUUCCCGCGGCUGAUGCGCGGCAGCGGCAAGCGCCGCGACUCGUGGGAGAUGGAGGCGCCGGCCGACGAGGCGGAGCGCGCGCGCCUGGAGAGCACCGUCUACCACCGCAGCUUCGACGGCGACCUGCUCAAGGACACGGUCAUCUACUGCGCCGCGGAGCGCUACGGGCUCGCGGAGCUCAAGAAGAUUGCCCUCCGCAAGCAGGGCCUCCAAUCCGGCAUCCAGUGCAGCACCAUCUUGGCGUCGGCGCGCUACGCGUACGCCAACACGCCGGACACCGACUCCAAGCUCCGGGCGCACUACCUCGCGCUCAUCAUCCGCUCCCGCAACACGUUCAAGCGCAGCGGGACGAUGCAGCUGGAGAUGCACAACGGCGGCACGCCCCUCUUCUUUGACCUCUUCGUCGCCCUCUGCAACCACGUCGACGAUAUUGCGUCGGGACAGAACACCCCCAAGUCCAACCGCUUCUUCUCUUAA